AUGCCCGGCGUUGUGACGAGACGUGGUGUGCGCCGAGGCUUCUUCUCCGCCUUCUUCUCAGUCGAUAACCUAGCGCAAGAACUCGCUUCUAUCUCGCAACCCGCUAAUGAAACGGUGUACGUGGAGGCAGAGGAUGGCGUGUUGCGCUGCGGUAGCCCGGCACGAACGACGCUUCAGGCCGCACUUGCACCGUCACCGCCCGCCGCGGCUUUGCUGCUAGAGGUGUGUGCACCACCGAAAAUGGAUUGCUCUUCGGGAGAAGCCACUCUGCGUCUACGGCUUGCAGCUGACGCGCCACCACACGCGGAUCUUACCAUGUGGUUUGAUGAAACUACAUUGGCACUCCUCGACAUGCCUUUUCUUACACUACGAAACAUUACGGGGAAAAGGAACUACAAGUGCCACGAGUGCAGUGUCGAGUUUGACAACCCAAACCCCUUGAAAAUACAUUUGUUCUCAAAGUGCCAACCCUUCGAUGAGAUAAGGUUUUGGAAGGAAUGUGUGGAAAUACUCCGCGGAAACUCAAUAACGGCGGCCGCAACCCUGUCGACGGCAGUCGACAGAGUGGCGUUCUCAAGUCCGGCCUGGGAGUGGCGAGGCGGAAGCGACAUGGAAACUCUAGCCGCCGCCUGGGGCCGCGUGGGCCGCGGGCACGUGUGCGUGUAUUGCGGCAAGUUGUACUCUCGCAAAUACGGCCUCAAGAUCCAUAUUCGCACCCACACCGGCUACAAGCCGCUACGCUGCCGAUACUGCGCCCGACCCUUCGGCGACCCUAGCAACCUAAACAAGCACUUGAGGCUUCACGCCGCCGCUGACGCAGCUCCUUCGUCGCCGUCGCCCCACGCUUGUCCACUCUGCGGAAAAGCUCUCGCCCGUCGAAGAGACCUCGAACGACAUUUGCGUACGCACCACGCCACUGAGUCACCGGAACUUGAUACUUCCGAUUUGUCGAAGUAA